GGAUCUUAGGCGCUGAAUUAAGUACGAAGGUCUAUUUUAGUGCGUCAGGAACCUCGAGGGCGCGACUCGGAAGUUGACGAGAAGCUAAUAUAGAAGGAACGACUAUCUUCCUUCUAUUGGGUCUGCGGCCUACGGGAGACUAACGAGAAGCGCUGAAACACAUAGCCUCGUGUCGGCAGCGUUGUUGGGAAGUUAUCCAAGUCUGGGAGACGAGGGAUAAAUACCUUAUAGUGCGCUCUCUUCUUGUCCCAUUACUCGUUCGCUAUGGUCCAAAUUUGCCCGCAAUUGGAAGCCCACGGAGCUUGCACUGAUUCCCAGUGCACAGGAUAUCAUGACGUCCACAUCUGCGAGCUAUGUGGUGUUUUCUGCUCGUCCACUGCGUGGUACGAGGCGCAUCUCCUCAGCGCAAACCAUCGUCGUCAAUCGGCCGGCCAUGAUGGACGCAGGCACCAUUGCGUUAUUUGUGACGCCUACGUUUCCGGUCGCAGAUGUUGGGACGACCAUGUCAGAGGAAGACAACACUGCAGAAAUGCGGAGCAUAAAGGUGUAUCGGCUGAUGUAGCUCCCGUGAUUCAGGCACUCCCUGGCGAGUUAUUCUGCAGCGCCUGCGACAGACAUGUCCCAGAAGCCUUAUGGGCUUCCCACCUUCAAUCCGCCGAGCAUCGCAGGAAAGAGGGCUACAAUGCGUUCAAGACUGCGCUCGAAGAAGCCAAGAGGGACAAAAAUGGCGUCGUUAUCUCGGAAGGAGGAGAUUUUGGAAUCGUGGAAAGUGUCGACGCUGCCCGGGGAGAAUCACGAACUUUGAAAAUAGAGACCACGGUGGCCUCAUCCCGAGUGACCAUCAAGAAGGUGUCUCUGUCCUCCUCUUUCACGCGCAGGCAAUCUCCGUUUGCUAUUGCGACCUCAGUGGAAGGGGUCGUAUUGACGCAUCGUCGCCCUACUGCAAUUGAGGUACGAUUAGAAACACCUCACUCUGGGCGUAUGGAUGAUUGCCUUGAAAUCUCCUUCGAAGAUGCAGCAUUGCCACGUGUAACCUUCGUCAUCGCUAGGGCCCUGAAGGCCAUUGUGGGCAGCCAAGCUGAUCAUGUGUUGCUGCGACCAAUCGCUCCCUUCCAACCUCGCCAAAGUCGUACGCAGCCUGAGACAGAGGUAGUGCCAGGCAUUCCACCACCUUCCAACAACAUCAUACCGUACACCACCAAAUUACCUAAAGCACAGCUAUCGAAGUCACUCUUAGCUGCAUUAUCAGAAACGUCAUCUGGAAAGGCGCUGAAUCGCGUCAGAAGAGAUUUCCUCCCGAAUGUUUUUAAUUCGUCAACGUAUUCACGCUACUUCAAGAUACUGCUUUGGGCGGAGGAGCACCGCAUGGAGUGUGAUUUGGAACGCUACGACAUUCCUGACGCUCAGCUAGAACGUAACGGAAAGUAUUAUUUUUUGAACGUCCCUGGGUUGGCGGAAAAACGUCCGAGUGUUUUAAUUGGAGAUCGGUUUCUUGUCCAAAAACAUGGGGCUGCCGAAGGCCGUUGGUUCGAAGGUCACGUCCAUGUUGUUCGACAGGAGUCGGUUGGGCUGCAAUUCCACUGCUCAUUUCGUGACUGGUCUCAACAACAGCGGUAUACCGUACGUUUCAAGCUCAACCGCAUCUCCAUGCGGCGUCAACAUCAGGCACUGGGCGCCGGGUUGGCAUCUGAAAGGUUUUUGUUCCCUCAAGAAGCGCACAUUUUACCGCUCGGCUCUCCUCCUGGCGUGGGACCUAUCACACCAUUCAAUCCGUUGAUUGCUACGAACCCACCUCAGCUUCAAGCCGUAAAAUCUAUCCUUCUGCAGAAACCGGGUUCAGCGCCAUUUGUCGUUUUUGGUCCACCGGGCACUGGCAAGACUAUAACGAUAGUAGAAGCUAUGAAGCAACUGCUCAAGCACAAGCCAAAUACACGGAUUCUUGCCAUGGCACCCAGCAACUCCGCAGCUGACAUCAUUGCAUCCAAGCUCGCGUCCACCCUCGAACCAGAUCAACUUUUUAGACUUUACGCACCCUCAAGGCACUUCGAGCAGAUCCCAGAUGAGUUGCGGCGCUAUACGCACAGGAAGUUGGUGGGGGAGCGGUUCCCCGUCCUGUCGGACAUCGCGCGCUAUAAAGUGAUCGUGUCCACAUGCAUCUCCGCAUCUGUUCCGUACGGUAUUGGCAUCCCGCGCGGACAUUUCACGCAUAUUUUCGUCGAUGAAGCCGGUCAGGCGACUGAACCAGAGGUCAUGACCGGCAUCAAAACGAUGGCUAACGAGUAUACCAACAUAGUCUUGGCGGGAGACCCGAAGCAGUUAGGACCUAUCAUCCAAUCCAGCAUCGCGAGGGAACUUGGGUUGGAGCGAAGCUACCUCGAACGUCUGAUGGCGAUGGAGGUAUAUGAAGUUCACAGUGGUCAUGGCCUCAGCGUCGUCAAGCUUGUGAAAAACUUCCGAUCGCAUCCUGCAAUUUUGAAGUUUCCCAACGAUCGAUUCUAUGCGAGUGAGCUGGAGUCGUGUGGCAACGAUAAUGUCAUACGGACUUUCGAGGGCUGGAGCAAGCUGCCUUCGAAGAAAUUCCCGAUUAUAUUUCAUUCGAUCUCUGGAAAGGAUGACCGCGAGGCUUCGUCACCCUCGUUUUUCAACAUUGACGAGGUCACUCAAGUUUGCAAAUACGUCCAACUUCUCCGAGACGAUCGAAAGAUCAAAGUUGCACAACAGCUCACAACUGAGAUCGGUGUAAUCACUCCCUAUCAUGCUCAGUGUGUCAGGAUUCGCAAGCGCGUGGAUCACGAGGUCAAGGAGCGACGAGUCAUCAUCAUUUCCACGGUCAGGAGUAGUCGAGAAUUCCUUGAGUUCGACCUCAAACGCACCCUGGGCUUCGUUGCAAACCCGAGGCGCUUCAAUGUUGCUGUGACUCGCGCCCAAGCUCUGCUCAUCGUGAUCGGAGACCCAAACGUCUUGUCCCUAGAUCCCCUCUGGCGAUCCGGCGGGUGGGCCGGUCCUGAACCGACAUGGAACACGACAGAGACGGUAGAUGAGAGUGGCCAAUACGAUCAGCAUAUUCGAGAGGAUGCGCUGACCAAUAUGAAUGAUCUUGCUCGAAGGAUUGAGGGUGUCGUGCACUCGACCACAACAGGGCAUGUAUCGGGGACUGCCACGACCAGUGAAGAUGCUACUGUCUCGCAACCUUCCUCAGGAUCCUCAGGUGCAUGCGGCGGUUUUACACUGUAG